AUGACCGCCACCGAUCUUGCGAACCAGCUCUCAGCACUUUCAGACUCCCUGAAGACGACCAACACACUCAUCAGUCGUCUGGGCAAACUCCAACUUCAGCCUGGGUCGGAGCCGCUCGAAGGACAAGGCGGAGUACGUUUGGAGCUUGCGCAGGACAUCCACGACAGCCUGAAGCAGCUAGAAGAAGAGCUUGAAUUCCUACGACAAGAAGCAGAGGACUACAGGAUCGACGGUGGUCAGAAACGAAGAGCGAGCGUCAAGUACAACGAAGAGGCACGAGUGGGCGCGAAAGUAGCACGGUUGGGGGAGGAGCUUAUCCACUCGAGGCAACAGUUCAGAAACGCGCAGAUCGCAGCCAAAUUCGCAAGUGACGAAGCGAAGCGGAAAGAAAGAGAGGCUAUACUAGAGGGUUACAGGAAGGAAGCGGAACAUAUCGAAGCCGCCAACGGAUCUCUGGGCAGCGAGAGAGAUCAACUGUUCGCAGGCCGUGGCAGGAGAAAUCAGCAGCAGACGCAGCUGACGAAGGACGAAAUACUGGUCAACGCAUCGAGCGACGUUACUGCGGCUCUGCGAAGAACACACGACCUGCUGUCUACGGAACUAUCGCGUUCUCGAUUCGCACAGGAAACCUUUGACGAGUCGACGGCAGCACUCGCACAGUUAGGCGAAGACUACAGCAAUCUUGACACGAUCCUCAAGAACAGCAGAAAUCUCCUCGGGACACUCCUGCAGAGCCAGAAGAGUGACACUUGGUACCUGGAAACAGCCUUCUACAUUCUCAUAACCACACUGGUCUGGCUGAUCUUCCGCCGUCUACUCUUCGGACCCUUCAUCAAACUACCACUAUUCCUGGUGAACGUGCUCACCUUCCUCCUAAACUGGGCCAUCUGGAAACCGUUCUUCUUCUUCCUGUCCAUAACCGGAAUCAUCACCAGUGAACCCGUGUCAACCUCCUUACGAGCCACGCAGAGCUCAAUCUCCACUUCGCGAGCACCACUCAUCGUUCAGCCCUCCGCAAAGGGUCGUCCAAGCAAUCCCCUCCCAGACGGAGGCUCCCACCCCGGCAUUCCAGCUGGCGCGGGCGGUGCAGGUGCCAAGCAAGGCGUGAGCCCUGAGCUCGAAGGAAAGUUAACCGAGAAAAUCGGCAAAAUGGCAGAAGAAAGUUCGAGGCAGGCUGAGGGAGCGCAACAAAACGCUGAUGAGCAGAAAGUCCUGCCAAAGAGAGGCGAUGGGACGGUCUUGCAGGAACGUGGAGCAGAGCCACCGAAUCCGAAGAAAAAGAGUUUCGAGGCGGAUGUCGAGGACGCGAAGCAUCAAGCUGAACAGCAAUUACAGCAGGAGAAGGAAAGGAGGAAAAGAGAUGAGCUUUAA